UUCCAGAUGGACAGCAGUCAAAAGAUUCGGCCCGGACUGGUGUCUUCACGACUUCUACCACGAUCUGUUCCAGUCAAUGGAUAGGUUCAAAGAAAAUAGAAUCCAAGACUGCUGAGAUUAUUAAUCACUAGACCACUCUGCGUUUGGGGUGCUCUCUAUAGCCAUUAUCGUCUCCUAUCCCGUCGGUAUUUGGGUACAGUACAGCAAAGAAAAGGGUGAAGAAGAAGUUGAGGAUUGGUUGCUUUUUACAAUCUUUUCCUUGAAGGUGGUGGAGUGAGCACUGGGUGGUGGGUAGCAUCAGAAAACACUAGCCAAGCUAGUCUGGGAGCCUCGUGUACUAGACACCAUUGUAUAUAUUCUUGACCCAUCACAGAAAUUGUUGCAGGCAUCAUACUCCAAGGAAGAUGAAUAUUAUUGCACAAAUGUGGUAACGGAAAUGGCAGCUGAGAACAUCAGUGUUUCCAUUGCUUCUAAGAUUGCAGAACUCUUGGUGGAACCAAUAGUACAUCAACUUCGUUACAUAUUCUGUUUCAGCAACAUUGCUGAAGACCUAAAGCAGCAAGAGAAAAAUCUGACUCUAGCCCAAGAUCGAGUGCAAAAUGCAGUUGAUGCAGCCACUAGGAAUGCUGAAGAAAUUGAGAAAGAUGUGCUGGCAUGGCUGACAGAUGCAAACAAAGCCUUGGAAGAUGCUAAGUGCCUGGAAAAUGAAAAAGAGGAAGGCAAAAGGUGCUUCUCCAAAUGGUGUCCUUAUUUUAUUUCGCGAUACCGAUUGAGCAGAAAAAUGGCUAAGAAGGGACUUAGUCUCUCUAAGCUGCAAGAAAAGGGGAAUUUCUCUCGUGUCUUCUACUACGCUACUCUCCCUUGCAUAGAAUUCUUAUCCAAGGAUUUCAUGCCUUCUGAAUCAUCAAAACUGGCUCUUAAUCGUAUUAUGGAAGCACUUAGAGAUGACAAUGUCAACAUGAUCGGGCUGUAUGGAAUGGGAGGGGUGGGUAAGACCACCUUAGUUAAAGAAGUGGGGAAGCAAGUCAAUCAGUUGAAGCUUUUUGAUGAAGUUCUGAUGGUUGUGAUAUCCCAGGCACAGGACUUGAUACAGAUUCAGGAUCGAAUGGCAGACAAGUUAUACUUAGAUAUCCGUGAAAAGAGUAAAGAAGGGAGAGCAAGCAGAAUAUGGAAAAGUUUGAAGAAUAAGAAGAAGAUUCUGAUAAUCUUAGAUGACAUUUGGAGAUAUCUUGACUUGAAAGAAAUAGGGAUCCCACUUGGUGAUGAUCAUAAAGGUUGCAAAGUUCUUCUUACAACUCGUCUUCAACAUGUAUGCAUUUCGAUGGACUGUCAAAGAGAGAUUCCACUACAUCAUUUAACUGAAGAUGAAGCAUGGGCUUUAUUCAAAAAGAAUGCGGGUGUAUGUGAUGACUCCUCUUCUGUCUUGAACAACAUGGCAGUGGAAGUGGCAAGAGAAUGCAAGGGUCUGCCUAUAGCUAUUGUGACUAUGGGAAGGGCUUUAAGAGGUAAAAAUCUCGAAGGAUGGGAAGCAGCAUCUCAAAAGCUUAAAAAGUCUAGACUUACAGAUAUUCGAGAUGUUGACAAAGAUGAAAAUGCUUAUGCAUGUCUUAAGUCGAGUUUUGAUUAUUUGCAACGUGAGCAGACCAAGUUAUGCUUCUUGUUGUGCUCUUUGUUUCCUGAAGAUUGUGAAAUUUUUGUUGAGGACUUGGUGAGGUAUACAGUUGCUUUAGGGCUGUAUGUGGAUGCUCAGUCAAUAGAGGAAACAAGGAGCGAAGUGUGUGAAGCAAUUUGUGUUCUCCAAGCUUCUUCUAUGUUAUUAGAAACUGAGAGUGAAGAAAGUGUGAAAAUGCAUGACGUGUUUCGUGAUUUUGCCUUGUGGAUUGGAUCCAAAAUGGAAAAUGGAUUUAAGCUUAGAGCUGGCUUUGGGCAGGAGGAGAGGUUGAGGACUAACAGCUUUGAGAAAUGCACAGCUAUCUCCUUAAUGGAUAGCGAUAUACGAGAAGUUGCUAAUUGGCUGGUUUGUCCGCAGCUAAAAAUGUUGUUGUUGUUGUAUGGAAAAAGAACAGAAUUCAGCCUAAAAGAAGAUUCUAGCGAUACGGAAGAAGGUUCUACCAAUGUGGAAGAAGGCUGUAAUAGUAUUCAUACAUUUUUUGAAGGGAUGAAGGAACUUCAAGUUUUAUCUAUAGCCCAUGAGUUCUUGUCGACACAGUCACUUGAAUUCUUAACGAACCUUCAUACCCUACAGCUAAAAUAUUGCAGCAUCGCUACGGAUCUUACUUCACUGAAGUAUCUGAAGAAACUAAUGAUUCUUGAUCUCCAUGGUUCUCCUAUUAAAGAAUUGCCGGAAGAAAUUGGAGAGCUAAAUAAUUUAAGGUUACUGGAUUUGGCCGAUUGUCAACAGCUGAAGAGGAUUCCUCCCAGCACAAUUCAAAGAUUAUCCAAACUUGAAGAGUUAUACAUUGGUAACUCCAGCUUUUGCAAAUGGGGGGUUGAAGGGACAAGUGACCAAAGAAGCAAUGCUAGUUUGAUGGAACUCAAUUCACUAUCACACUUGGCAAUAUUAUGGCUGUACAUCAAUGAUAAACAUAUUCCUAGGGACUUUGCUUUCCCCAAUUUGAAUAAAUACUGUGUGGAAAUAAACUCUGGAAAUAUGAGCCGUAAAUUCUCAUUAAGGCCUGGGACUUCAACCUCAAGGUGUAUUUCUAUCAGUGAUCACAAUAUCAACACUCCGAAUGUGUUGAAGGAGUUGUUUCUGAAUGUCUAUGAUCUUUCUCUUGAUAACUCAGGCAUCCAGAAUAUCAUUCCAGAGAUGGAUCAGAGGGGCUUUAAUCAUCUGAUUCAGCUUAGCUUUUUCUUAUGCAGUAUGAAAUGCCUCAUCAGUACAAUGCAGCAGCAAGUGCCGGCAAUUGCAUUCUCAAAUUUGCAGCGGAUACACAUAGGCCAAACGAUUCUGAGAGAAAUAUGUGAUGGUGAGCCACCAGAGAAAUUCUUGGAGAAAUUACAAACAAUUGAGAUGUUUGCAUCUCAUGGGAUGCUUACCCUAUUCCCAGCAAAGUUGUGGCGAGCAUUGCAAAAUCUGGAAACUGUGGUUAUUCAAGAGUGUGAUGAUCUGCAAGAAGUAUUCCAACUUGAUGGACUUAGUGGAGCAGACAGGAAUUUGCUGUCAAAAUUAGUAACAAUGAGGUUGGAAUCAAUACCAAAACUGAGGUAUAUAUGGAAGGGGCCUGUUUGUCAUGUGAACCUCAAAAGUCUCACUUAUUUAAAGUUGGAUGGUUGUGACAGGCUGACAUUUAUUUUCUCACCAUCGCUUGCUCGAAGUUUGUUGCUGCUAGAAACACUUGAUAUAAGAUAUUGCAAUCAACUUAAGCAUGUUAUAGCAGAAAAGGAUGAGGAGAGGGAGGAAGCAGUUUUAGAAGCUUGUGAGCAACCAGUUGGCCUGCAGAACUUAAAGACUUUGAAAAUAUGUGGAUGUGACAAAUUGGAAUAUGUGUUCCCAAUCUCAUUUUCUCAAGGUCUCCUGCACCUAGAAGAGAUCAAUAUACAGAAUGCUAUAGAAUUGAAGCACAUUUUCAGUAAAGGAAAAGAAGGUUUGCAUUCUGGAGAUGGGAAUGACAACAUGCUCCAUGAACCAAGAGAACUUGAACUUUCAUAUUCAUCAAAUCCUAGCUAUUUCUGCUCAGGAAAUUAUGUUGUGGUAUUGCCAUUUCUGAAGCACUUAGAAUUUGAGGGGUGUCCCAAGUUAUCAAUCAACUAUGUUAUCAAAAUAUCAAUUCUUCUCAAGGAAUCAACAAGUUCAGGACAAGCAAGAGUCAAAAAUCCUGAAGGAAUACAACUGAAAACUUUAAUCAUAACUGGAUGCGCAGAAUUGGAGCACAUUAUUGUUAAGGAUGAUGAUGAGAGGGACAAAGUCUCAUUACAGAAUCAUAUUCAAUCUAUGUGCUUCACUAAUUUGCUCCACAUUGAAGUCUACCGUUGCAACAAAUUGAAAAGACUCUUCCCAAUCGCAAUUGCUCAAGGUCUUCCACAUGUUAAAUAUCUUGAAAUAAUAGAAACUUAUCAAUUAGUGGAAGUUUUUGAUUGUGAUGGUGAAGCAGAUACCAACGAUAAGAAUGAGAUAGUGAUGCCAAAGCUGGUGAGGUUGACAUUAAAAGAAUUGACAAGUCUUAUCCACUUCUGUCCAGGACGUUAUCAUUUUGUAUUCCCAUGUCUAGAAACAUUAACUGUACAAGGAUGUCCUCUCAUAACAACAAGGUUUACUAUUGCACCGAAUGGUUCUGUUCAUGCAAAAGCGAAGAAAACACAAAUUGUUAAGCAAGAUGUAGCUAAUUGGAAUGCAUCAACUCUAGGCUCUGCCAAUGAGGAAAUAGAAUGGAAUCGGGAGCAGCAGGGUGCAUUACCUGCAUACAUGGAAGAUGAAAACGAAGCAAAGGCACUUCAAGUAGUCGAGGAUUCAAGCAAUGGUAACUCCAGGCCGACCAACAUGAUAUUUAGAAACAUCCAGGGCAUGGGAUGUUGCCUAAGCAGAGGUGGUUAAUAUGCUUUGCUGCCCUUGGCUUUUGCAGAACUGUUUGGUUCAUUGCGUUUCAAGUGCAAAUAAACAUUAAUUUCAUCUUCAGUAUAUCGAACGGUUUUUAUUUUUUUAUGUUCAACUUGUAAAAUUAAGUUUAUGUUUGAUCAUGUGUUUGGUAUGCAGACUCCUAAGCUGCUUGCAGUUUUAACAAGGAUUCAGAAGCUAAAUUUGCCAUUUGUACUUGGAAUCUAUGAAUCUGCAACUUGAAUAUUGAAGUUA